AUGACCUCUGCGCCUACACCUUCACACACUGAAGAUGCCAGCAUAUUCAACCUACCCAAAAAAAUCACCAAGCGCAAGUUCUCAGCCAAUGUCCCUCUUGUAUGCAAGAAAACCAACCCAAUACGACUUAGUGUUCCUAUGAUUGACCUCGUCGUGAUCUUCCUUGGGAAAUUUGCUGGUAUGUUUCGAGAUACAUAUGCAAAUGCUUCUCAUAUGUUACCAGAUGCUUUGUUUGAUCGUGAAGAUGCGUGGCAAGUGGUGAAAAAUUAUGAGGCAAUCCACAACGGUGUAUUCAUCCGUGAAAUCUUAGGAGGUGAGACACUUCCAGACAUGUGGAUGAAAUCUCCAGUUUAUCUCCAGCAUCAAGCACAACUUGAAGAAGAACAAAUAAGACUUGAACAAGGGAUUCUUGAUGCACAUCUGAUUGAAGAGGAACAUAAAGAGCAAAAUCAACUAAAACAGCUAGCAAUCAAUGAGAAAAGGGCCGCCAUCGCCGAGCGCAAGCAAAUCCAAACUCAAAAGGCUCUGGAGAAACAGGCCGAGAAAUAUUCAAAGUUGAAACAACGGCAACAACUCCUGGGAAGCGAGCUUUUUGAAAUAUGUCACCGUAUCAAUUGGAGUUUUUUAUAA